UUGCAUAUGGUGGGGAAAAGUUAGACAAGGGUUGGCCUGUGCAUAUUUUUGUGCAACAGUUUUUCCCCGUACCGGUGUUUAUCAGUAAACACGGACCAUUUUUUGUUUCUUUGACAACGAGAGCGAUAACAAACUCGGGGCGCUACGCACUUGAGUUAGUUUUGUAGUUUUAUUAUUAAGUUUGUGACGUUAACUCUUGCGCGUAAUAAUUUGUAGUGUACAAACAAUAGUUUAGUCAUUCUAACUACAGAUGUGGAAAUCCCCAAACUCCUCGUUAUCUUUUAGAUACAACGCUAACAAUGAGGAACUGGAAGAGUUGUACCACAUGUGUGAUGAUGAUCCUCCUACACCCCAAAAUGACCCUCCCGUUAGUCAGAACGAGACAGCGAGUCCGAAAAAAGCGGAUAAAAGCUCGUCUAUAUUAGAUAAAUAUUUUAAAUCAAUGAGACCAGAAAAACCGUCAGAAAAAGAAAAUGAGGAUCCAAAAUCUGAUCCCAAACCUGCAGAGGAAACUAAACCGGCAGCUCCUCCCAAAGAAGUUACAUCUUCUCCUAUGAAAGAGUAUUUAAACCGUUUAGGGAAGAGGGCUACUACUUCUGAGGGGUCUAUUGAUGCUAAGGAAAGCUCUAAUGAAACUUGGAAGAUCUUCCAUGACUUUAAGUUCAAGAUAGCACAAGCUGUUGAGGACAUCAAAACUCGUUCGGUGGAAGAAACAAAGGAAAAAUCAGUGCCAAGAGAGAACUCAACAUCAGAUUCAGAAGAAAGCUCUGCCAUCAAAGACUCUGAUCAACAAAGUGUUGGAGAUACUGACAAUCAGGUAUCAUCUCUUCACAGUAGUAUUCAGAAUCUGUCUGAAAUCACGCAACCGGUCACGGCCAAGCCUACCGACCGUGAGUCUAGUCUUCCUUUAGAAAAGAAUAAUUCCGAAUCCAGUGAUGAUACACAUAAGAAUUUAGCCAGUGAAUCAGAAAACGGGACAGGAGAUUUGCUAGACGACAGCAGUAUGUUAGAAGUCGAGUCUGGUGUCGAAGCGUUGGAGGACACCAAUAUUGAUGCUCUCGGAGACGCCAACCUGUACAAAGACUCAGGGGACAAACCCCCUCCCGUCCUGAACAUCCUGCCCUGCACCGUGCAGAGGCCACGCACACCCACACACAUAGGAUCCCCACCCAGCAAACCCAAUAUAACAACAGAAACUCCUAGGAACUACUUCUUUAAUUUCACAAUGUACAUCCUCACUUUUUUACUAAUUGUCAACUACUUCCUAUUCCCCAACUCCCACGCGUGGAAUGGAUUCCUACUGGGUGUAUGGAUGUUUACAUUUGCAAGCAACUUGAAGCAAUGGUUUUUAGCCAAUUAUUUUAGUACGGACAAGGAACCUAGAACCAGCUUCUUUCAGUUUAGGCGCCGCAGUGUUGUACCGUACACGUACAAUAUUCCUAAUGUUAAGGAGCAUAGGCCAAUUAAGAAACAUGAGGGGUGGAUAAACCAUUAUAGGUUUCACGAAUAUGAUGCUUACACGUAUCACAUCAACAAAACAACAACCGCAUUUAUUAAAUUAGAAGGUUGCAAUUUAAGGAUAUCGUACACUAAAACAAAAAUAGCUAAAAGAGCGCUAUGGGACGAGAAAAUAGACAAAGUUGUUUUCUACCAGCAUAGAUUGUAUAAUUUAACCGGCGCCAAAGUAUUCCUGCUGCCGAAUGGACUUGUCAGUAAAAGACAAUGGAGCAAAAAGUACCCUAUAUGUAUCGCACUGAAUGAAAAUGAGACAAUACAAGUACUUGAGAAAGAAAAUUUACCCGAGAAAAAACCUGGCGAUGUGUCAGAGAGUAAAAAGAAAGAACAAGAAUCAGAGACCACCGAAACUACCACUAGCCCGGAAAAGAAAAAGAGAUUUGUAUGGAGAAAGAAAGAAAAAAGCCUUUCACAAGAAGUAGAUACGGCCGGGAGAGAAGGACUGCGUCAUCGGAUCGUCAGAAAGAUGCACAGAGAUAAAAAACCGGAUAGCGUGUCCACUGCCACAGAGCCCGACAGCCAAACAGAGAAGACUUUACAAGAAGAACUGAACGAGGAUGAGGUGACCAGUGCGCCCGCCAACGGCAAGGACGAGGCUCUGGACGAGGACCUUGAUGAUGAGAUUACCAGGCUCAAGGAGUUUCUGGACGAAACUGAGCCGGAGACUGUAGAGGGCGCUGCAGAAGGCGAGUGGAGUUUGCACGUGAAACACUCCAAGGACAAGCACUCACGACUUUUCCUGUUCGCGCGGACGGGCCGGGACAAACUUGAGUGGUUCCGUCGGAUACACCAAGCUAUAUCGGAGGCAACUCCGUCGGUCGAAUCUUCAGUGGCCGAAGACAAGAGUUCGAGCGAUCUCGCGACAGACACCAAGGAAGGCAUCGAGAUGGCCGUCUACAAAGUGUCUGAUAAGGACACUGUCUCCUUCCCGAAGCCCAAUACUAAAGCUAAUCCGGUACCGUUGGAAGGCCUGACAGUCGUCUCGGAUUGGAGCUCGUAUGAGAAAACCUUCUGGCCUUAUCUAAUAAAAAUAAUGCAAACGCACGAAGAAAACAUAAAGCAAACGGUCGACGCGGGAGUCACCUGCGACCUCGAUCCCACGCCGAUAGAGACUAAGGGCAAAGCCAAGAAGAAACGGAAAAACGAUCCUAAAUCAGAUACACCCUCGUGCGACUGCCGGCAGCUCCCCGCCGAAGUGUCGUGGGUGAACACGGUGUUAGCCAGAGUCAUGUAUGACGUCAUGAGAGACCCACACAUCAUGAUGCGCGUGCAGAAUAGGAUACAGAGGAAACUCAACACGCUCAAGUUACCUUCAUUCAUGUCUCCACUAGUGGUGACGGAGCUGUCUCUAGCAGGCGCGUGCCCGCUAGUGGAGCGUGUCGGCGGCGCCACGUGGGACGAGCGCGGCGUGUGGCUCGACGCCGACCUGCGCUACGACGGCGGCGCCGCCAUCACCAUACUCACCAACAUCAACCUCAUGAAGCUCAAGGAGAAGAAUCUAACUUUGGAGGAAAAGUUAUUGCUGACAGAAGAGCACAUAGUGGAGAGCGAUCUCAUGUUUUCGGGAAGCAGCAUGUUUUCCGAAAAGCAGCUACGGAAACGCAAGCCCGCCAUAUUCGACAGCGACGUGGAAGACUCGGCGGAGUCCUCCAGCGAUGACGAGAGCCCGCCCGUGCAGCCUGUGGACAGCAACGAGGCGAUACCAACGCAAGAUAUAGCAUCUGCGGCGGCGCCAGAGAGUGGUUCAUCCAAAAAGAAGUUCCUGAGAAUGGUCGAUAAGAUAUCCACUAAUAAAUACUUCCAGCAGGUAACGGACUUCAAAUACGUGAAGCGAGCAAUGGAGGGUCUCUCCAAUACGGAUAUUAAGUUACAAGUAGAAAUCCAAGGACUAGAGGGACGGUUAGCUUUGAACUUGCCACCGCCGCCUCACGACAGAUUAUGGCUAGGUUUCCGAACGAACCCGCAGCUGAUCCUAAAAGCGCGGCCAGCCGUCGGCGCGCGCACGCUCCGCUUCGCGCACAUCUCCAACUGGAUCGAGCACAAACUCAGUAAAGAGUUCGAGAAGGUUCUAGUACUGCCCAAUAUGGAGGACAUUGCUGUGGAUGUCAUGACCCCCACACCCGUGUUUGCGGAGUCUCUUUAGACGGUGGUACUUGAAAAUCUUUGUCUCAUUAUGUCGACGAAGCCCCGCCGCGCGGGGGUCCUUUCUAUAUGUUGGUCUUCAGGCACCUGUAGGCUUAGCACAUGAUGGCCGCGAGAGUAUGUGGCCGCGAGAUAGAUGACACCUCUUCUUCUAACUGUAUUAAUGACAUAAGGACGGGUAGUCUAUCUCGCGGCGACAUACUCUCGCGGUCAUCAUGUGUUAACCCUGCUGAAGCAGUAUAACAAGCCAAUUAAUUUAAUGUAACUACCGCCAAAACACACGGACUUCACAAUUCGGCGGGUUUUGAAACCGGCCGCCAACGCGUAUAAACGUUCCAGUGUUGUGUGUAAUAACUAAUAAAAUAAAAGACAAUGGUUCUCAAUAUGACAAUUCCACCGUGUUUGAGUCGAUAUAAUGUAUAACGUAAUAUUUCUUAGAGGAAAUGGUAGUAGUGCUUAUAAAGCGAAUAUUAUGUGCAAUAUAAAGAACGUUGUAAUCUUCAAUGUGACGGAUUCAUCGUAUUUUUUAGUCAAUAUACUGCUGGCCAACAUGGAUGAUAUGGUAUUUGAUACUCUAGUUAUGAAUCCACAUAAAAUUGGUCUCGUGUAUGACCUGGUGGAUAUACUAGAUAUUACGCGUAAUUGUUGAUGUCCCCGACGAGACGUUUGCAAACGUCAGCCAAUGGCAAAGGACACUGCUAUCAAUAUAGAUGGACAAACGUUGUCGGCAUGAACAUUGAAAACACCGGUUUUUGAGAGUGAGCUCAUCUCACAGAACAAACCUAAGUGUGAAUAAAUAAUGUAAGUAGUUAGACAAAACUCACAAUUAUCUCUUACAAUAACAAUAAGAUGUAUGAUCAUCGGCGACAUUAAGGCACUGGUCCCACCGCGAGCUAGUAAGAUAUGAGCUAUCGGCUAUAAAAACGAAAAAAAGAUAAUCACUCCC